GAGUCGGCGGUUUUUUUCCCAGCCCGCGUGCACCGUCACGCACAGCGUGUGUAAAUACAUGAACCGUAGGGUGAUGUUGCUCGCGCAGCAGGGGCUCGCAUGAGCAGCUAGCUACCUACAGGGCUACAGCUCCGCGUUUAAAACGUUAAUUCACUCGAUACAAAUGUAAGGUCUUCAUCCCUCUACGUUUUCUCCUCGGAUAAGGUACAGGAUAAGUCGCUGGAGUGAAGAUGGCGCUGUCUGCCGUGGCUGUAGCGGUGCUCUGCGCGGUUUUGUCGGCGUGUGAGGUGAGUGCAAAUGAGGACUGCCUGUGGUACGUGGACAAGAAUGGCACCUGGCACAAUGGCUUUGACUGCCCGCUUAUUUCCUUCUGCUGUGGGAACUGCCACCGGCGUUACUGCUGCCUGGAUGGCUUCAAAAUGAUCACAGAGAGGGGACAGAAACGGUGUAUGCUCUUCCAUCUCAGUCCCUCCACUAUAGCAGGCAUUGCUUCAUCUAUCCUACUCUUCGUGGCUGCCAUUGCCACCAUGGUCUGUUGCUUCAUGUGCUCGUGCUGCUACCUAUACCAGCGCCACCAGCAGCGAGGCAGGACAACUUAUGAAGCUCAGCAGAUUCCAAUGGCCAGCUACCCUGUGGAACCCAUGUAUGAUGCAUAUGGUAAACCCAUAGGAAAUCCUGAGAACCCUGGAUAUCCUGUGGCUUCACAGUACCCUGGUAUGCCUCCGCAUUAUCCCAUGAUGAUGCAGGGGCCUUACCCCCCUUACCCUCUUGCCGAUCCAGGGUACAGUCAAGGAGCUCCUCCACCGUAUUCCCCUCCACAGUACCCAGGCCACUGAGACCACUGAGGAAUCCUCCAUUUAAGAGAGCACAACACAGACUAGUUGGUGGCAUGAGACACUGCUCUUGAGGAGUCCUUUGACUAACCUGUGGCACUUUUAAAAAUGUUUAUUUAUUUAUUGUAUUUAUUUCUCAAGUGUUCUUUGGAGUGCAACAUGAAUGGCCUGGGUUUGCCUGCUGUUGGAGUGAGUCCCAAUGUGAACACACGUUUCAUUUUACUGACUGCAAAGACAUUUUUUCUUUCAUCGAAACAUAAACUCCCAAACCAAUUAACAUAACAUCAGGCCACCUUGGUUUUUUGCUUUUAAUUCCCUGGUGUAUCACAAUUGUUUACUGUGUAACAUUUACAUGAAGGACAUAAAGGUCAGAAUUUUUGUGUUUUUAGCUAUGAAAAGUUAUGCUGCAGGUUGAUGGUCUUUGUUUUAUCUGCUGCAGACUCGUUUUUACUUGUUUGUCUUUCUGUCUAUAACAGACUACAAUAUUUUACAGCACAUUUGAAUGACAGUUCAAAAACUAGAGUUAAUAACAGUUCCACAGCAUUUAGAUUUGUCCUAUAUACUAUUUUCUACCACCAAGCUGAUUACUUUUAGUUUUGUCUGUUCAUCUUUGUGUCUUAAUAAUGGCAAUUUAUUAAGUCCCUUAACUAAAGUACCUUUGGACUUCAACUUAACUUUAACUGUAGCUGUAGCUUAUGCUACCUAAUCAACAUGUUUUGCCUUACAGAGGUCAAAGAUAUUAGUUGACAAUACAUGUAGAACAGAUAUACUUACUUAAAAUUCACAGCCUUUCUAUAAACUUUGAUUUUAAAUGAUUUUGUCAUGCAAUUUAGCAGAGCAUAUAUGUUAUUUCAGGUUUUUUUUUUUUAUUAUUUUAAAUUAAUGGUCUUGAUGCACACUCACUGACCACUUCAUUACACCUUAUAUCACCCAUUGUCCAUUUUAUCAGGUCCAUUUUGUACUUCUACAGUUACAGUCUGUUUGUCUCUGUAAUUUGUUAGCCCUGCCAUUGUGCCCUGUUCAUCAAUGAUUGUGAACCCCACAGGACCACCUCUAAGGAGUUAUAUUUGGAUGACGGAUCUUUCUUAUCACUGCAUCACUAAAAUUGUAGUGACAGGAUAGUGUGUUACACUGGUACAAGUGGAUCAAACAGCAGUGUUGCUGGAGUUUAUGCUGAAGUUAAAUACUGUGUACACUUAUUGUCCACUUUUUAGAACACUCCUACGUUGUUGGCUUACCCUGUAGAUGUAAAGUUAGAGAUGAGAACUUGUCUCUCUUGCCACACAGUUUGAGUUAGUCAUAAUCUAGUCCUUCAACAGUGGUCAGUUUCUGAUCACAGGAUACUAUUCACUGGAUAUUUUUGGAUGGUGAACUGUUCAGUCCAGUAGUGACACUGAGCUGUUUAAAAACUCCAGCAGCACCUCUGUAUGUGAUCAUCAGUGCAGCACACACACAAAAUUACAUUUCAGUACCGUGUAUGUGUCGCUGCAGUGCUGAAAAUGAUCCACGACCCAAAUACUAUCUACUUAAACAUAGUCCUGUGAAGUCUUAACCAUUGAUGAACAGAGUAAAGGAGGGCUAACAAAUCACGCAGAGAAACAUUACAAAUUGUAUAACUACAUAAUGCAGCUAUACAGAAAGUGGACCUGAUAAAAUGGACAAUAAGUAAAGUUGCAAGGUAGGUGUACCUACUUAAGUGAGUGGAUGUUGAGAUAAUAAUAAUGUUCAAGAAAGUUGAUCAGAUCAUGAAAUUGUAAAGAAAGACAAUUCGGGGAUGAUACCAUUUCUGGUGAAAGCACUAAAGGAACUGUUCACUGAGAACACUGCAGAGUAGGUCUAUUGGAAAAAGUAAUUUAAGUGAAAACAUUCAUGAAACUGUUUAUAUCUGCUGUGAUUUAAGUAAGCGUUACUACCUCCUCAUAUUAAUGCCAUAAAUACCCAUCUAAACUGGAACUCAUUUGCAAUUACCCUAUGGAUUCAGUUUCUGUGGUACAGAGUAUACGAACCAGAUUUAGUUGUGAUUGUUUGUGUAUUGUUGAAAUUACUUAUACUUUAAUGCAAAUAUCGUGUGAUAUUAUGUAUAGAGUUUGGUGUAAUUCUAAUUUAUUGUUAAUUUAUCCCUUUGGAAUGUGAAGUGAAAACCAAUACUGUAUAUCUACAAGACAAAGAGAUGUAUGUUUUACAUAACAAAAAAUUAUCAUUUCACUCAUGGAAUGAUGCAAAACUUUACUAGAGUUGGAACUUAAAUUCUACUCAUUAUAACAGAGUUCUAAUCUAACAGCCUGAAAUGGAAACACUAUAAUGCAAAGCUCACUUUUUACAAUAAACAACUGGUCUUGUA